UCUCUUUAGUCCAUUUCUUUUUAGUGUACAUCCACUCAUAUCCUUUUCCACCAUUUCUUUUCUCUCUCUUUCUCCCUUUUUUCAUUCUAGCAACUACUAACAAAGUUGUUACUUGCCAUUGUACAAGUAACAUUAUAUUAUAUAUUAUAUAUAAUGUACAAUUCUUCCCUUUAUCACACAUAACUCAAUAAAAUAUAUAAAUAUAGUGACAGUGUCUUCAAUUGUUCAUCACUUCUGGACUAUCUUCCUCCAGCUUCAUGCAUGGUUUUUUAUUUCAAGGAGGAAGCUUUUCCUUUGACUCUCACUUUAUCUGGUUUUUGAUUUGAUAUUCUACCAAUCUUUUGCUUCAAAGGAGUUGAAAAAAUGGAUGGAAGUGCUUUGUUCUGUUUGUAGAAUUUGGCACAGAAAAAUAAUACUUUUGACUUAGUUCUUUUAUAAUGCCAGUUCCACUUGCUCCUUAUCCAACUCCACCUCCAGCUCCUGCUCCAGCUCCAGCUCCAUAUACAACACCUCCAACAAAUGGUGCACAGAGUCAACUUGUGUGUUCUGGCUGUAGAAACCUUCUUAUGUAUCCAGUUGGAGCAACUUCUGUAUGCUGUGCUGUUUGCAAUGCUGUCACAGCAGUGCCACCUCCUGGCACAGAAAUGGCUCAGUUAGUUUGUGGAGGAUGCCAUACUUUACUCAUGUACAUCCGCGGAGCAACAAGUGUUCAAUGCUCUUGUUGUCACACAGUCAAUCUAGCUCUGGAAGCAAAUCAGGUGGCACAUGUAAACUGUGGUAACUGCAGGAUGCUACUUAUGUAUCAAUAUGGAGCAAGAUCCGUGAAAUGUGCAGUUUGCAAUUUUGUUACCUCAGUUGGGGCCUCAGCAAGCACGACAGAGCCGCAGAAGUUCAGCACCUAAUAAAUCAUAUACUAUUAUAGCAAGGUCAUUACAGACUCUACAACCUUGGUUUUUGCUAUUUACAUAUCAAUCUUAAGGAAUAAUAAAGAGUGCAAAUCAGAUUGAAAACUUUCUUCACAUGUAUAGAGUUAUUUUUCCCUUGCGUGACGGUGAUUGUAUUAAGCGUUUUUGUUUGAAUUGGUGUAUGAAUAAGUCGAUAACUAUUUGUUAUAAGAUUCUUGAUUCUGAGUGCUAUGCAAAAACCACAUCUUUUGAUAAGGUAAAUUUUGUUUUCUA